AUUCAUGAAUUCAACAUGGAGUCGCUUGGUGCUGCGAAAAUCAUUGUUGUGAAAUGUUGAAUCAAGUCCAGAAGAGACGAUAAAACCAUUCACAGACUAACGUAUACGCCCAAUGAACGGUACCGGAGGAAAAGCGACGCUGAGGACUGUGUGAACCCUGCGCGCGGCCGCUAACGGGACCCGGUGUAACGUUACUGCUUGAUGCAUGAGUUUGCACUUGAGCUGCUAGCGUUGGACCGUGUGACAGCCUGGUGACUUAAAUGUGAGCUCUCUCUCUCUCUGUGUGUGUGUGUAUGUAUGUGUGUGUGUCAGCAGACACAGAUGGACCAUUCCGGACAAAUCACCGGGGUGUACGGGGAGGUCAGCUGCCUCCCUACGCCUGUUUCUGCCCAUGUGAGUGAGGAGCAGCUCCCCGAGCUCCGGAUCUACACUGUGGCCACAGAGUGGAGUCAGGGCGACCUGGUCCGAGGCUCCAGACUUCGCUACUCGCAGCAGUGGACACUGAUCAGAGACAGCAACGAGCACAAGAGCAUCAGGACCGUCCUCCCACCAGGACCCUGUGUACCUGUGUCUAGAGAGUUACUCAGUGGACUCUCUCCCAUUCGCAGCCUGAGGGCCGUUGUCAGGGAAACCGUUGGCCACCAGCUCCUAGAGAUAUGGGACCAGCACUGCCUCAGGAAAUGCCUCAACCUGACUGCUCUCAACAAACACGGCAGAGUGUACGAUGACGCCCAGUUUGGCUGUCUGUCAUGGUCAGAGUGUGAGAACAAACUGCUGUAUGUAGCCGAGAAGAGCACACAUGAUGAGGAGUCUGCAUGCAGGACGGACAGGAGUGUGUACUGUGAAGACUGGGGCGAGGCUCUGACCAAUAAAAGCGUUCCAGUGAUGUGUGUGGUGAAUAUGCAGAGCGGCUCUGUCAGCGUGCUGCAGGGCGUCCCGCCUGACGUCUCACCUGGACAGGCUUUGUGGGCUCCCGGCAGUCAGUCUGUGUUUUUUGUUGGUUGGUACCACGAACCCUUCAGACUUGGACUGAAGUAUUGCUCCAACCGCAGGUCAGCGUUAUUCAAGCUCGACCUGGAUGGGAACUGUGAGAGUCUGUCUGGGGACAACCUGUCUGUGUCCUGUCCCAGGCUGAGUCCAGACGGGUCCACGCUGAUCUACCAGCAGGGUCAAGUGUUUGGUCCUCACAGCCAGUGCCUCAGUCUGCAGCAGUUGGACCUGAAGAGCGGGAAGACGUCCACACUGUUGGAUGUUGUCAACAGACCGCAUACUGGUGAGUUUGCAGGUGUGUAUGAAGCUCUACCGCCCUGCUGCUGGUCUGCAGACAGUCAGAGAGUGGUGUUCAGCAGCGCCCGCAGAAACUGGAAGGAUCUCUUUAUGGUCGACAGAAGAUCAAACAAAGUUACCUCCCUCUCUGAUAAUCCUCUUCCUGAUCCUCCUCCCCUCCUUCCUCCUCCUCCUCCUCCUCCACCCACUCAUCUUCAUCAUCAGGAACACAAGCGAGAACAGGAAGGUCUCUUUGAUCUGCCCAAACUUUUUGGCAGCUGGAAGCUGCUCACAGUUCAGAAGGACCUGAUGGUUGUCUGCUGCUCCAGCCCCAACACACCUCCCACUCUGAGGGUGGGUUUCCUUCCUUCAGCAGGUGAGGCUGUGACCUGGCAAACCCUGCAGCAGCCAAUCAUGACCUUUGACUUCCACUGGACAGUUCUAGAUGUUACACCUCCACAAGACGAGGACAACACACACUACUCUGGUUUAGACUUUGGGGCUGUGCUGGUUAAACCGUCUCGUCUCCUCCAUGAAGCCAAGAUACCUCUGGUCGUCUUCAUCCAUGGUGGCCCCCACUCCCAGUUCCCAGCAGAGUGGAACACCACCACAGCUGGACUGGCUAAACUCGGCUUCGCUGUGCUCAUGGUGAACUACAGAGGAUCCACCGGGUUUGGCCAGGACAGCAUUUUGUCCCUAAUCGGUCAGAUCGGAAGCCAGGAUGUGAAAGAUGUGCAGAGGGCCGUGCUUACUGUGCUGCGGAUGGACAACACCCUUGACCCCAAACGCUUGGCUGUGAUUGGUGGUUCUCAUGGAGGUUUCCUAUCUUGUCAUCUGGUCGGUCAGUACCCAGAGUUCUACAAAGCGUGUGCGGCCAGGAACCCUGUCAUUAAUGCUGCUACGUUAUUGGGCACCAGUGACAUAGUAGACUGGCGUUACACCAGUGUGGGGUUUCAGUACUCAUAUGACCAGAUACCCACUGCUGAAGCCCUGGCUGCUAUGUUAGAGAAGUCCCCCAUCAGACAUGCUGCUCAGAUUAAGGCUCCAGUGCUGCUGAUGCUGGGGGGCAGAGACAAGCGAGUGUCUCCUCACCAGGGUCUGGAGCUCUAUAAAGCACUGAAGAGCAGAGCUUUGCCUGUCAGAUUGCUGUGGUUUCCAGAAGACGGACAUUCUCUGUCCAGGGUGGACACACAGGUUGACUGCUUCCUCAACACAGUGCUGUGGCUGCAGCAGCAUCUCUGAACAUACACACAACAACUGUGAUGAUGAACAAUCUUGAACACACCACUGCCUUUUUAACAACAACAAACACAUUCUACAUGUUACAAUGUACCUGAUUUUGUAAAAACAUUUCAAAGAAAAUUUUACAAACCUAUAUUCAAUAUAGUUUGUCAUGUUUGGUUCCUCAAUGCUGCAUGUAAAGUGUCCCAAACUAUUGUCACAUUUAUAACAACUGAUUAAAAAAACUCAUUAUACUAGUCCUCA